UUACUCUCUCUCUCCUUUUUCGCAUUCUUUCUAUCAUUUCUUCUUUCUCUCUCGGGAUCUAAUAUCUCUUUCCAAUAACCUAUUCCCGAGGAGAACUGUCAAAUCUUGUCCAUUCUACUUUCAGGGAUCCUUCGAUAUCUCUCUCUCUCUAUAGUUUUGUGCUGAAGUGUUCAAACUUCUGAUGAGAAGAACAUACAAUAGCCGAAAACAUAAAUAUUUUGUUAGGAGCUGUUGAAAAGUUUUCAGCUGAAUCUUGUAUCUAGAGUUACUUCAGUUUGCUAAUCGAUCACGAAGACAAAGGAUGAAUUCAUUUUCCCUCGUUCCUCCGGGUUUUAGAUUUCACCCAACAGAUGAAGAACUUGUCGACUACUACCUAAGAAGAAAAGUUGCAUCAAACAGAAUAGAAAUCGAUUUUAUAAAGGACAUUGAUCUUUACAAGAUUGAGCCAUGGGAUCUUCAAGAGUUGUGCAAAAUUGGACAUGAAGAGCAGAGUGAUUGGUACUUCUUUAGCCAUAAAGACAAGAAGUAUCCCACAGGGACUCGAACCAACAGAGCAACAAAAGUAGGGUUUUGGAAAGCCACUGGAAGAGAUAAGGCUAUAUACUUGAGGCACAGUCUUAUUGGUAUGAGGAAAACACUUGUGUUUUACAAGGGAAGAGCCCCAAAUGGACAAAAAUCCGAUUGGAUCAUGCAUGAAUACCGCUUAGAAACUGAUGAAAAUGGAACUCCUCAGGAAGAAGGAUGGGUCGUGUGUAGGGUUUUCAAGAAGAGACUGACUGCAGUUAGACGAAUGGGAGAUUAUGACUCAUCGCCUUCACAUUGGUAUGGCGAUCAACUCUCUUUUAUGGCCUCUGAGCUGGAGACAAACGGGCCACGGCGGAUCCUCCCCAAUCAGCAGCAGCAGCACCAGUACGAGCACCAACAGCAGUUACCAUAUGGCCUCAAUGCAUCUGCUUACAUUCUCAAUAAUCCUAACUUGCAAUGCAAGCAAGAGCUAGAGCUACAAUACAACCACCUGGUACAACAUGAUCUUCUUCAUGAAUCUCCUUUAUCAUUAAUUCAACUUCCUCAGCUUGAAAGCCCUAAUAUCCAACAAGCUAAUAGUAAUAGCAACUCUAUUCCUUACGGAACAAGCAACAACGAUAAUAACUCGAGUGAGAUUGCUAACUUGCAGCAGUCGAAUCUCGCGCAUGAAGAACAAUUGAAUCAAGGGAAUCAGAGUUUCAGCUCUCUAUACAUGAAUAGCGGGAACGAGGAAGCGAUGGACCAAGUCACGGACUGGAGAGUUCUUGAUAAAUUUGUUGCUUCUCAGCUCAGCAACGAGGAUGCGGCCACAACUUCUGCUUCUCUACAGAACAAUGCCAAGGACACAAGCAACGUGGAGUGCCAAGUUGAUGAAGAAAAAGAUCAGAAGAGGGUUUCAGACAUGAGAGACGAAUAUGCUGCUUCUACAUCUUCGAGUUGUCAGAUUGAUCUAUGGAAGUAAGCAAAAAGAGAAGACUUUAUCAUAUAAAUGCAUAUAUACAUAAAUCUAUAUACGUACACGCGAACACUAAUCAAGUGUAGAUGAUGAUGAUGAUGGUACAGAUUUAUAUUUGCUUUGAUUGAUUCUUACUACAUUAUUGAACUUAUAUAUGUUAUAUGCAUAUGUACAUGGCGUAUCGAUGCAUACAUAUACUUGUACUCGAUAUGAUUAACCAUAUAUACUCUAAUCUAAGUCAUGUAACUCCAAUAUUUUCUAGUAAACAGUUGUACCUUAUUAUUUUUCAUAUUCUCACUGUACUAUAUAGACAAUUCAAUUUGUUCUUUAGAAGUGCACCAUAUUAAAGUUGAAAAUCAAGAUUCUUGAAUUUCAUAUUCUGGACAAUAAUGCUUGAAUUAUCUAUUUAUUAAACAUGUCCAAUAGUAUAAUACACACAAUC